AUGACUCAGGGUGUGAAGAUAUUUCUAGCCGGUCUUGGCCUGCUGAAGUACCAUGAAAUGUUUACUAUCAAGGGAUUCGAUGACGAGUCAGAUAUACCAUACCUGACAGUCUUUGAUCUGGAAAACACCAUCAUGAUCACCAGUCGGUCUGACAUCUCCACCAUCUUGGCUAAUGCUCGAAUGUACAGACCCAGUUCAGAACAUGCUGUGUACGCAUGGCUGUGCAGCAACUCCCUGGGCUACUACUUCAUCAGCUUCAUGCAGAGUGAGCUGACCGAUCUCAGAAAGAUUGCCCAGUUGUCCUUACCCAAUGAGGAACUCUAUGAUGAACUGGAGAUUGUGUUGCCUGGACACAGAAAGAGGCUAGAAAGAGCAGUCCAAAGGCUGAAGCUGGAACAGGUCAACAAUGCCGCUGCCGAAACUCCCGUCUCGUAUGGGUGGUGGGGCAAACCAGAAUGCCUUCCUCAGGCUAAGUUUGACUUCCUUUGUGUGAGAGCAUCACUGCUUUCGUCACAUGAUGCUCAGAACUCAGCAACAGUUGACUUCAUGAUAGACUCUGGCAGUGAUGUGUCUACAGUUCAGGAAGAUACAUUGAAAAAACUGAACCUGGAGCUCAUUGGGCCAGUCUACAGCUGUGGUAUCCAUGGAGGCAACCAUACAAACUUGUACAAAGGCAGACUGAAGCUGGGGGACCAGCUAUUGGACAUUGAGGUAAUGGGUAGCAACUACGACUCUCUUGGCAGCCGGGUUGUCCGUCACUUCCGUCAUGUCAUAGAUGGACAUCGUCACAUUUGGCUGAAAGGGAACUACACUGACCCCUGUCCUGCCAUCAUUCCCAUAGAACUUCCAAUGAGUAACAGUGCCUGUACUCAGAUACAACAUGUGAACCAACAGCAGCGUUUACUACCUAUUGCUGCUGUAGACGGCACAGACACUGAAUUGCUAGACCCCUGUUUAGGUCAGAUGGCUGGAACAUCUGGCAUCAGUAUUACUUCAGAAACUUCUCAAGAGUGUCCUAAAAGACCAGUCAACAUUAAGGAUAUAAAAAGCACUGAACACCAGCUGUGUUUGAACUCAAAACAGUCCACAAGCGAUUCAGGUCUGCUGCCUUCUCAACCGAAUGUGUGUAAUGGCCAUUCGACCAUGGAGAGUGUCUCUUUGGAUAAAAUGUCUUUGCAUUCGCCGCAUUCUUCACGUUCAACUUCAAAAAUCCGCUCAAAUAUUGACGAGUACUCAGUGUCUGGAAGUAAGAGAAAGAAAAGCACAAAGUCAGGUUUCAUAAAAUCAUCCCAGAAAAAGAAGCAUAAAUAUUUGAAGCCCAGCUUACAUAAAGAAGCUUUACAUAAAUUCUCUCCUAGUCCAGAAAAGACAGCAUCACCAUCUGCUGUUGCAAAUUGUUCACAAUCCCUGGAGAAUCCUUCAGGAAGGGAUCCUCUUCAUAACAACAGAGUUUCACUUUGUAACAUUCUUCCACAUUCUCUAAGAGACACAGACGAUGAUGUUGAUCAUUUAGAAGGCUGUUUGAAAAUCAGCACAUCUUCCAGUUUUCAUAAUUCUCAGAUUUCAGACAACAGCUUAGUUGGUACAUUAGAGUACCGAAAUGCGGAUUCUGAUCCUUGGCAUAAUGGAUUUUCAAAUAAUCCUUAUGAUCAGAGUAGCAACCAUGUGUACCAGAAGGCAGACAAUGGUUUAAAGUGUAGAGUAUAUGAUAUUGUACAUAUAAAUGGACUUUCUAAUGAGGACCUGGAACAUGAUGCUGUUAGCAACAGUUACCCUACUGAAAGCAAUGGGGCUAGAAAUCAAACAAGCAUGAUCUUUAUACCAGCUUGUGCUGGCAUUACAGAAAUACACUUAGAGGAUGCAGAUAAUUGUUAA